GAAGACCCUUCGUCCCGUCGUAAUCAAGGGUCAAGAGAAGAAGGUAGUGACGAUGAAGGGAACAUUGGAGCAGGCUCAGAUAUUGAAAAUGCCCCUUUUGAAGAUGAAUCCGCUGCGAUUCUCGGAGAUGAUAUGGAUGAUGUUCAGGAAGAGAGUGAGGGAGAAGACCUAUUCCGAGAUGACAUGGAAAGGGAUUAUCGUCCUAUCCCCGAACUCGACGUCUAUGAGCCCGAAGGAUUGGCCAGCUCUGGCGACUAUCCAAGCUUGUCACCGACAGCGCGGGCUGAAGCGGAGCGUGAAAUGCGAGAAAGAGAUCGGGCUGAAGGUUUAGCCGCUGGUGAUCUUCGUCGUGGAAUAGUUGCUGAUUUAUACGGCUUGGGCGAAGAGGAAGAAGAGGUGCCAACAAGACGACGCCGACUUGCAGAAAGAGUAGCUGCUGGUCUUGAUUUGGAAGAGCCCGAUGAAGUCCUAGAAAGUAUUGAGAACCUGGAAGACAUGCACGGCAUGUCCGUUGUCGAGUGGGUCCAGCAACCUGCCACUCGUUUGGAAAUAAAAAAUCGUUUCAAGUCCUUCCUUCGCACCUUCCUAGACGAAAAAGGUACCAAUGUCUACGCUGAUCGUAUUGUUCAAAUGGCUCGUGAUAACAAACAAAGCUUGACACUUGAUUAUCAACAUCUUGCAUCAUCGGAACAAGUUCUUGCGUACUUUUUACCGGAAGCGCCUUUCCAAAUGCUCGAAAUGUUCAACGAAUCCGCUCUGGAAGUCACGCUGGGCAGAUAUCCUCGUUAUGAAAAGAUUAGCGACCGUGUCAACGUCCGUGUUGUUGAUUUGCCUCUUAUUGAGGAGUUGCGCAGUUUGAGACACAUCCACUUGAAUCAAUUGAUAAGAACCAGUGGAGUGGUUACCAGUGCGACUAGUGUUAUGCCACAGUUGAGUGUUGUCAGAUAUAAUUGUGUCAAAUGCUCCUGUGUUCUCGGACCCUUUGUUCAAAGUCAGGGUGGAUCUGAAGUGAAACCCACUCUAUGUUCUGACUGUCAGUCCACUGGCCCGUUUGAGAUCAAUUUGGAGAAGACUAUCUACAAAAACUACCAAAGAAUCACAGUUCAAGAAAGCCCUGGGAAAGUUCCGCCUGGUCGACUUCCAAGAUCGAAGGAUGCGAUUUUGGUUGACGACUUGGUUGAUAGCUGCAAACCUGGUGAUGAAAUUGAACUCACAGGUAUUUAUACAAAUAGCUAUAGCGGUUCCCUCAAUGUUCAGACUGGCUUUCCAGUCUUCUCCACCGUUAUUCUCGCCAACAAUGUUUUACGAAAGGAGGACAAACUCAUCUUGAGUAGCCUUACGGACGAAGAUGUCAAAACCAUUCUCGCGCUGUCUCGCGACGAACGUGUCGCUGAUCGCAUCUUUGCCUCCAUUGCACCAAGUAUCUUUGGUCAUGAAGAUAUCAAGAGGGGUAUUGCUCUGGCCCUCUUUGGUGGUGAAUUCAAGAACCCAGGUGACAAGCAUAGACUCCGUGGUGAUAUUAACGUCCUAUUGUGUGGAGAUCCCGGUACGGCCAAGUCGCAGUUCCUCAAGUUUGUGGAACAGUUGGCACCUCGAUGCGUGUUCACUACAGGUCAAGGUGCUAGCGCCGUGGGUUUGACAGCGUAUGUGACGCGAAAUCCCAUGUCAAAGGAGUGGACUUUGGAGGCUGGCGCUUUGGUGCUGUCGGACAAGGGUGUCUGUCUUAUUGACGAGUUUGACAAGAUGAACGAUCAAGAUCGGACCUCCAUUCACGAAGCCAUGGAACAGCAGAGUAUUUCAAUCAGCAAGGCGGGUAUUGUGACAAGCCUACAGGCCCGUUGUACCAUAAUCGCCGCAGCCAACCCCAUUGGCGGUCGUUAUGAUCCCAGUCUGACCUUCGCCGACAAUGUGGAUCUUAGCGAACCUAUCCUCAGUCGUUUCGAUGUGCUCUGCGUGGUGAGAGACACCGUGGAUUCGGUGCAAGAUGAAAUGCUCUCAAAGUUUGUCGUGGGAAGCCAUAUGAGACAUCAUCCGAAUAUAUCUGCAGAUGAGUCCAAGGAACUUGUUGAAAAGUUGGCUAGCAUGGGGGCAACUUCGUCCAGUGCUGAAGCCAAUGGUGGGGACAUAGAACCGCUAUCGCAGGAUCUGCUGAAGAAGUACAUCCUCUACGCCAAGGACCGAAUUCAUCCCAAACUUAACCAGAUGGACCAAGAUAAGGUGGCUAGGGCCUACGCCGACUUGCGCCGUGAAUCCUCCAGCACAGGCAGCGUUGCUAUAACUGUUCGUCAGAUUGAAUCCACUGUGCGCUUGGCUGAAGCUCACGCCCGAAUGCAUCUCCGUGAAUACGUCAAUGACGAUGAUGUCAAUAUGGCUCUGAGAAUUGUGCUCGAGUCAUUCGUCGCUACACAGAAGUAUGGUGUCAUGAAGAGCAUGCGUCAGAAAUUCUCGCGUUAUCUCAGCUACCGUCGUGACAACCAAGAAUUGCUUCUCUUCCUUCUCAAACAACUCAUCCACGAACGCUCUGCUUUCGCUCGCUCCCGUCAAGCAGCUUUGUCCAGCACUGCAGAAAUCGAAGGUGAAAGUGCUCCAACUCCUAGUCUUCAGGUUGAAGUUUCUGAGAAGGAAUUCGCUGACAGGGCUCGCCAAGUUAACAUCCAAUCGAUUCGUGGGUUCCUCACAAGUGAACUCUUCACUGCACAUCGCUUUAGCUAUGAUUCAAACCGAAAGGUCAUCGUUCAUAGCAUUUAG